AUGUCAGAGCAGCGAGAGCUCCAAUCUCGACUUGAGAGACGGCAGAUGGGCGAGUUCAUGGCAACAUUCAGCGGCCUUGUGCAGCAAUGCUUCGAUGACUGUGUCAACGAUUUUACAUCCAAAGCCACGACUCCUAGAGAACAGGGCUGUGUUUCAAGGUGUUUCGAGAAGCACAUGAAGGCCACCGAGCGGUUGGGGGAACGAUUCCAAGAAUACAAUGCCGCUUUGCAAGCCGAGCAGAUGGGAAAACAGUGA